AUGACGAAACCGAGAAUACGCAAGCCUCGCACAUCGCGACGUGCCGCAGGGCUGCGAGAUAGCGACUACGAUCAUGAGAUUACGCUAGUCUCGGACGACGAUACAGCACCCAACGACCCAAAGAAUACUACGAAUAGUAGUGGCACCAAGCAUAGUAACGAGACUACUCCGAGAGGGGAAAGUUUCGAAUCAGGUGUUGGGCCUUCGGAGCGUGUGCCCACGACGGAGCCGCUUGUUGGGAAGCAGCAUAGCGGUUCUCAGACUUCAUCCUCUUCCUCAUCUCGCAGACGGUCAGGGCAAUCAAAUACUAGUCGAGUAUCAAAGUUGCCAAUAACAGAAUCAAACAGUAGCGCCAACGUCGCGAAAGAGCCGGCCAUACAUGUACAGCAGCCAACGCCUUUCGAAAGACCUGGCCCAGAUGCCCCACAACCCGAGAGAUCGAGCAUCACCAGGGCAGUAGAUACUGAAGCGAUUGACACACUCUACGAAAACGAGCGCGGCGCACUCUGUUGUGGCAUACCCCUCUUUGCAUCAAAAGCGUUAGGGAACCUCGAUCCGCCACCAUGGACCAACGUAGCACAUAAACCGAGCCCAACCAACAUCCAUACCGCCCAAGUUCCCGACCCAUCAUGGACCUGGGCCUGGCCUGAGUGGCGGGUCAAUCACGAAGAGGGAACGGACAAGGACGGCUGGGAGUAUUCAUUUGCAUUCUACAGAAAGUUUUCCUGGCACGGACCUAAGUGGUGGAACUCUUUCGUCCGGAGGAGAGCAUGGAUACGCCGGCGGGUCAAGAAGGAAGUGAUGCGGGACGCUAAUGGCGGCGAGCUGUUGCAGCCCGACUAUUUCACCGUCAGGUCGACCCACGAGGCCGCUGUAGCCGCCGCGGCCAAGGAUGUCGAAAGCCGGCCGAGCAGCAAGCGGGAGAGCAUCAUCAGUCAUGCCAGCGUCGCUUCACGAACUGCUGCGCUUGCAACUGAGAUAGCCACCGUCGGUGGGGUAUCCAACCUAGAGAUUAGAGACGUGGACACGCUGCUGGCUGUACUGCGCGUUUGUCGGAUCGACAGGGAGAAAAUUGAGGCUGUGGAGAAGUUCUUGUCAAACGGUGGCGACGACGACCUGGAUCGCCUGGACGAAAAGAUGCACGAUAUAAUGGCAUUUUUUGUCUUCCAGGCUUCGCGUCGCGCACUCGUCGCGCGUUUGGCUGAGCUGCGUGAUCGUGCUGCAGAAGAGAGUGCCAAAAACAAGACUGGCAAGGACAAGGAGGCCGGCAAUGACGAAGGAGACAAAGUGGCCAGCCUCGAUGCCGCACUUAAACACGCCGAUGAAGAGGUGAGAAAGCUUGAGUACUGGAGCGACAUCAAGGGCCUGGCUGAGAAGGGGCAGUCACGAGAUGCUAUGGAUGGCCAGUGCGGUUGGGACCAUAGCAGUUGGGAGGGCGUUGACAAUAGCGGACCAGCUGCGCCAGGAGAACGUCCGCAAAAGUAGAAGGCUUUCGUGGAGCGACAAAUUCUCAUUACCUAAAAAUUUAUAGAUACCAUG